CAUCUUGCCAACUGGAUUGGCUCAUAAACCUUGCAUUAUCCACAGAGCAUCUCCGUUAUGAGUGAGAAAAUGCGGUAGUGGAUCUCCGUAACCACCACCAUCAGUUACGGACAGCACUCACGAUGCCGUAUUCCGUUCUUUCCAUGUCUGGGGUGGUGAUGUUGUGUUUGUGAACGUUCAAGGGAAGAAGGAGCUUAGAAGGGAGGAGGAUCUUCGGGAUGCAUAUAAGGGUCCCGUCCUCUCAGUCCUCCCUCGAAAGAGUUUUGCUUGACAUUCCACAUUAGCAUCCAGCUUCAGCCUCCAUCUACAACUCACUACUACUACUUCACCUUAAUACUACCAAGUCUUCUUCUUGGAUAAUACCAUAAUCACCAAGCCAAACCAAACCAAACCACCACAUCACUUCCACAUCCAUCAAAAUGCAGCUCUCCAAGAUCCUCAGCCUCUUCACCCUGGCCACCGCCGCCUCUGCUACCACCGUCUCCUACGACACCGGCUACGACGACGGCAACCGCUCCCUCACCGUCGUCUCCUGCUCCGACGGCUCCAACGGCCUCAUGACCAAGUACCACUGGAACUUCCAGUCGCAAAUCACGAACUUCCCCUACGUCGGCGGCGUCGAGGCCGUGGCCGGCUGGAACUCGCCCAGCUGCGGCACCUGCUGGUCCGUCACUUACAACGGCAAGACGAUCAACAUCCUUGCUAUCGACCACGCCGGCUCCGGAAUCAACAUGAGCAAGGAGGCGAUGGAUGCGUUGACUGGUGGCAACGCGGAGCAGUUUGGACGCGUGGAUGCGGUGGUUGCUAGUGUGCCGUUGAGCGCUUGUGGGCUUUAGGAGACGAAAUCAGUGGCAGGGAGGAAAUUGAAGGGGAGAAGUGAGGGUGGUGCACGUGGUGAUUCUGAUGCACAUGGGGAGGAUUCAUCCGCCACUUUGACAUAGGAGGUGAAGGUCGGGAAGGCGGUUAUGGGAUGGAUGCAGACGACGCCAGAUACGCCGGCACAGGAGAAUGGGGGGUCGAAGGACGACGAUUCUUCGUUCAUCACGAGAUUGUUUUGGACGUGGAACACGAUUGCUGGUAGAUCGGCGUACCUGAUCGUGGCGUUUUUGUUGGUGGUGAGGAUUGGGCAGAUUACGGAUUAUCAUCGUUAAUGGUGUAUGGUUAAUGAAUCAAUGGUUAUUAUCACUCAA